CAGCAGACGUUUCUUCUCAAUGCCAGAUCAUCUUCAGUCGGCAUGUUUUAGAACUCUAAAGUAUUGAGUCACAGGAUGGAUCACUCAGCUCUCCGCUGCCUCAUCGGCCUGUCCAUUGUUCUGCUAACCAAAAAGUACUCUAAUGCCACCCCAGUCAUUUUAAAUGACUCUUGGGAGGGCAGUGGCCAGUGGUAUUCUACGAUCAUAGAUGUGGAUUUCACACCCAGCAUCCCUUCCUUUCUCAAUGACUCUGUGAAGUCCACCUCCAUAGAUGGAGAUAAACAAACCAAACCAUUCUGGAAUCAAGCAGCAGAUUUUUUAAAAGAGAACCACCUCCCCAUAAUCGUCAUUACCACACUAAUCCUUCUCAUCUUCACCAUCCUCUGCUCGGCUGCCAUUUUGAGUCGCCGACGUAAAGUCAGCACCUACUACCCCUGUGCUUUUCCCUCAAAGAUGUACGUGGAUGAGCAAGACAAGGCUGGGGGAGGACGCUUCUUCAGCGAAGUCCCAGAAAAAACCAACACCAGCCCCAGUGAGGAGCCAGUGAAUUCAGCCAGGCAGCUCCAGGAGGACAUCAUGAUGGCCACCAAGAACCUCAGAACUCCACUCAAGAGUCCGUGGAAGGAGAAGAGUGAAGAGGCAGAAGCCCAAAAACCUGCAGAGGAGGAGGAAAGUCCUCUAUGUGAGCUGAGUCAAGAGGAGAGCUGUGGUUUGCUGGAAGAAAAUAUCACAAAUGAGUCUGUUGUUGAUGAUCCUGUGGAAAAGAUCAGCCCCAGCAGGUCCCAGGACGAUGUCCCAUCUUGUGACAUGGAAAAGACUGACCUCUCGGACUCUGGGCCCCCUGAUGAGAGCAAACAUCCAUCUGGGCUAGAGAAUUCUGAGAUACAAGAGGACACGAACAAACAGGAAGUCACUACUUCAGGCUCUCCAUUCAUCAGCAAAGAGAAAACAGCAUUUUAAUGUGGACAUUUUAAAAGCCUUGAAGGAAACACAAGUACAGAGCAAACUGUGUUUUUUGGACAUUGUAAAAGUGAAGAAUGUGGUAUGAGGUUUCAUGAUUUUCCCAAAAGUUUGUAUGGCUUUAUUGUUGUUUCUGACUGUUUACUUUCAUGUAACAUAUGUAAUCUGUUUUGAAUCGCUAUUUUAAAUGCUACGAACGGAUGCCUGCUGGGCAUGACUUUAUCAUAAAAACUGCAUUUUAA